AUGGAAAACAACGUUGAAAACAAUAAAGUCAACGCAGACUUGGAAAGAGAAGAGUAUGAUUAUUUUAGUUUUAAUUUUGUUAACGAACCAUGGGAUGAUCGUUCAAACAGAAGUAAAAUUGGAAUAAUUUCGUUGCUUGUCGCUAUAUUUAUAUCCACGAUCGCUCUUGUCUUCAACAAUUUGGUUAUGCAUUACAGAGGAUUUGAUUCGGAGAUAUUCUUUAGUAAUGUUGAAAUAGACUGUAAUUUGGUUAAAGUAGACGAAUAUCCAUAUGCUGCGCGAAUUCAUUCGGUAGCGUCAAAUGAAGUUAUAUGUAUAGGCGCUGUCGUAUCGUCCUCUUACAUAUUAGCAAACGAAUUAUGCAUAAAAUCAGGACCUAUAAGAUUACGUUUGGGAAAUCCUAUUCAACCGAGAUGUAAAAAAGGAUUUUCUGUUGAUACCGUGGAUAUUAUACCUCAUGACGGUGGGAUUACAAAAAGUUUGGUACUUUUGAGCAGUUUUGAGAAUAUGAGAGACUGUAUAAAAACAAUUAAAAUAGGUGUUAAAGUAGAUUUAAAGAGACAGUUUUAUAUAAUUGGAAGACCUUUUCGCGGCGAAAGAACUUUACCCUUACAGAUUGCUAGAUUCAUUGCAGACAAUUACACGAAUGGGGAAAAUUUACAUAAUUUAAACGGGAACAAAACAAUUUGUGUGCAAACAGUUGGAAAAUGUCCAGUACGAGCUGGAGACUUACUCGUACAAAAGGGUCGGUUACUUGGUUUAUCGUCAACUAGCGUGCAUAGUAGAGAAAAAACGAAUUAUGCAUGUUUUGCUAACUUGAGUAUUGUAAAUAAAGAAUUGAAGGCAUUCGACGUGGAGGUUGACAAUAAAUAAUUCAUGUUAAUUGUUUAGUUAAUUAGUUCCCUGAUUUUUUUUAUAAACAUCUGUUUGAACGAAAAUGGGUUUCAUAUCUAAAACUUGAUCUCAUAACACU